AAAACAUACAUCAGAUGGCGAUCUUCAUGUACAAAUAUGGCUACAUCAUUUCGAGCAUGAUAUAAUGCAUAUUUACUUCGCGAAUUUAAUCAAUGUAACGAGGAAAGAAGCAUUGUUAUAUAAAGUUUUCCUGAAACAGGACUAAAGUUCCUCGGUUAUUAUACCGUAUUAUAUAUACAAAUAUUUUUAGGCACGUAUGUGGGUAUUUAUGUUUUGUGUACACCGUACUCUAUAUAGAGAAUCCUGACUCCUGAGCUGAUGACCAUUGAAUCAAAAUUAACAGGCUCAAAUUUGUCUUGGCUUCUGUAAAUGUUGUUUUCGAAGUUUUGUUCGAUUUUUGGUGAAAUUGACGAUUAAAGUGCAAUUAAUGGAUGACAUUCAAAGUUAUACAGAUAAGCUGAGGAAAACGUACCGACAUUCUCUUGAUGUUGUUCUACCAUUCACAAACCAGGAAGCAGUUGUGUACUGCAAUGAUGAGGAAUUUGAAAGUCUAUUGGACAAAAAACAUUCUGUUAAGGAUCUACAGACAUGUAUAUAUUUACUGGAAAGACACAUCGAUUUACAACAAGAGAUUAUCCAGGGUCUGACACAUUUACAAGAUUUACACAAAUAUGAUGAGCAAACAUCAGAGUACAAUACUAUUACAGAUAAGCUACUUACAGCUCAGAACAAACUGGCAAUGUUAAGAAGCCGAGCUGUACGAUGUUUAACAAAGCAAAUUCAACAGAGAUGUGGAGACGCGAAUAUGCAAUUGCCUCGUUGGUCAACUAGCACGGAAAAAGAUAUUAGUCGAGACUCUGUAAGCGAUCCUUGCCCUAACGGAACAAUCACACAACAAACAGAGAACCAUUCGGAUGAAAUCACGACCAUAGUAAAAUCUGAAAACCUCACAAGUACCAAUUACGAAAAUUUGAACGGCCUUGAAAAAACCUCCCAGGAAAAUGUUGAUUUCGAACGAUCGAAUAACGUCAAUGAGAAUAAUCGGCAUUUUCAAGACGCCAUCGACGGAAUUGAAAAUCACCAAUCGGAAAACCCCGAUGAACAAGGUUUUAAUGGUUCUGAUACGGCCAAUGGUUCUCAACUUUUAAAUGAAGAUAAACUUUUGCUAGAAGCUGAGGCCAGCGCGCGUAUUGCUACAAACUCUCUUCAGGAAAAUCAAGUUGUGGAAAGUCCUCAAACGGGAUUUACAACAAGCGUUUCAGAAACCCGAAAGGACGAGAUGAAUAAGACCGUUACAGAUGAAACACUUUCGGAAACCUUGUCUUUGAUCGAGUCAGAUAAUUGCAAAAGGAUGAAAACUGACUUUGAAAAUACAAAUGAAGGAAAAGUUAAUAAUUCUGAGCAACAUUCCAUUGAGCCAAGGCGAGAAGACACAAGUGUGCAGUUAUUUUUAAACGUUUCAAAGUCUUCACAAAACGACAGAGAAGCAUCUCACGUGAGCAGUAGGCAUCAUCUUGAACCUGUGGAAGAGAAAGUUACAGUUGAAGUAUUGCAGUCCAGCGUUGUUGAUGAAGUAAAUUAUGCUGAAUACAAUGCUUCGAAGUUUGUUGAAAAGAAAAAGGAAGAAGAAGUAACAUCAUCUAUGAGUAACACGAAGACAAUGAGUUGGGAUCCAAGUUUGCUUAUCAAGCGAAUUCUUGGAAAAGUGAAACCAAUUAAAACUGGACAGCUCGAUACAUCAGAUGACGAAGUGAUACAUAUGGCUGGUUACUUAGAAAAACUGCCAGUUAACAAAAAGAAGGCAACCUUGCUAAAGAGUUGGCGAAAGCGAUAUUUUAAAAUCUUUAAUGGAAAGCUGUUCUAUUUCGAGGAUCAUCGUUCUGCUGCUCCGAUCAGCUUCAUCAAACUAGGAGGUUGUACGGUUUCAGAGAUGGGAAAUAAAUGCUUGGAAGUAGUGGAGGACGAAGAGUCGGGAGGAAAAGUUUUGAUAAUCCGCUGUGGAACAUGGCCAGAACUUCAAGAUUGGAGAAGAGCCUUGGAAAGUGAAGCCAAGACUAAAAUAAAACAACAACAUUUUGAACUCGUCCAAGAGAAGAAACCAAUGAUCAUAAUCGACUUGGGUUCAUCUUCUAUAAAAGCCGGAUUUCUGGAAGAGCAAACUUGGCCACAAGUUAUAUUGCCUUCAGUUUACGCUGUAAAUAGAGACGAUAGUAAACAUCGAUUCUACGGUUAUGAAGCUCUGAAUCCUUUAGUCAGAAAUUCCGCGAGGCUUGUGUAUCCCCUUCGUUCACCUCUUACCAUCGGAAAGUCUUUGCUGGACCCAAAUGAUCUCAUUGGAUUUUUAGAGAUUAUAUUUAAGGAGCUGCAAGUUGACCUAAAUAAUUAUCAGAUUGUGAUGACAACUCCAGUCAACCUGAGAGAUCAGGACAAGGAACGGCUGGUGGAAAUUUUAUUUGAUUAUUUUCAAGUUGGCGCAGUCUACAUGAAAUGUCAAACAAUUCUUUCCAUGUAUUCCUACAGUUCGACUUGCGGAAUCAUAGUUAACAUUGGGGAUCAUAUCGAUGUUGUACCCGUGGAAGAAGGCUAUGUUGUGGAAUCAGGAGUGAAGAGUCUGCCUUUCGGCGGAGGUCUUGCCACUGAUCAUUUUUCUCGGCUGAUGGCAUCGUCAGGUUAUAGGUACUUUACUGAGGUUGAAAGUUACAUUGCUGAAUAUCUUAAAGUCAAGACGUGUUAUGUCUCCGCCGAUUUUGCCAAAGAAACGGAAGAGUUUUCAGAGAUCGAUUGCCUGACAGUGGAUAUGAGUGAAUUUGAUCUACCAAGUGGAGACAAGUUUGUAACAGUGGCUAAAGAAAGGUUUACAGCGUUUGAGGGUUUAUUUCAACCUGAUCUGUGGGGCAAAGAUACUCCAGGCCUUCCUGACCUUGUUUAUGACGCGGUUAUGGCUUGUAGCAUUGAUAGCAGGAAAGAGUUGUGCAGAAAUAUUUUCCUGAGCGGAGCUACUACAAAAAUUCCAGGAUUUAUGGAGAGAUUACAAACUGAAUUGCGUAGAAAAUUUCCGUCAUCGCUUGUUAUACAGAUCCAUGCAGCCCCUGAUCGUCAAUUUGCAGCCUUUAUAGGUGCAGCAGUUUUGGCCAGUCUCGAAACCUUUCAGGAUCUCUGCAUCACCCGUGAUGAGUGGGAAGAGACUGGACCAGAACUACUGAAGAAAUGGGAUGGUGUAUAAUUACUGGUGAAUCACUGAUUUGUUUACCCAUAACUGUAUUGACUUCAGUGAUUGGUUGGUAGGGAAGCCGGCAUGGGUACGAGGUUAGGUUAGAUAGCUGAUAACAUUCUGGAUAUAGCUUCUCAAAAAUGUGGUAUAACAGUCAUAAAAUGUCAAGAAGUGUUUUUUUCCAGACAGUUGUUAUACCACAUUUCAUAACAAGUUCGCUUAGAAACGGUUAAAUGCACACUGAAGCGUUAUCCAGGGCUAAUUUUCUGGGUUAAACUAGAUACAUCGUAGACCUCUUGCUUGCCUUGUGUAUCUGUAGUACAAUUAAUUUAUAGUUGACUGGCAACAAUAACCUUGUUGACCCAGCGGAAUACCGUUUUAUCAUGCACGAACCGCAAUUUGCGAAUUUUUUUAGCAUGUGUAUUUAACACUAUUUUAUUUGUCUAGGUUUUUUGUACAUUUUGUACGUAUAUUUAUUUUUGAACUUUUUAUAUACUGGUCUGUAAGUUUAACAUAACUGUAUUUAAUUUGGGACGGCAGUACUUCGAAUUUUGAAUAAAAAGCCUAACUUGAAACUCUAAAUUUUCCUUAUAGUUAUAACUGAUAAACAGUUUUAUAUCAC